AUGUACUCGAGGGCCAGAGCCAUCACAACAUCAACAACAUCAUUCAUUCAAAUCCAACGACUUUCCAACAACAAACGAUCAAUGUCAACAUCAUCAUCACAACCAUCAACAACAUUUGUUGAUCACUUUGGCAAGGUGAGCGACUCGUACCGCACGUUCAGACCAACGUACCCACCAGAGUUGUUCGAGGUGCUCAAGAAACACACGGCCAACACGCCUCGCAAGCUUGCGUUUGACAUUGGCUGUGGCACUGGUCAGGCCACCGUCGAGAUUGCCAAGUUCUUUGAGAAGGUGAUUGGAUUCGAUCCAUCCGCUGGUCAGAUUGGCAGCGCCGUCUCCGACUCGUCCAACGUCGAGUACAAGGUGUCGCCCGCCGAGUGCAUCGACUAUGAUGGACCCAAAGCCGAUCUCAUCACCGUCGCUCAAGCAGCUCACUGGUUCGAUUUGCCCAAGUUCUUUGGUGAGGUCAAUCGUCUUCUCCAACCUGAUGGAUCAUUGAUUAUUUGGUGUUAUGGAACAUGUUCAAUCACUGAUAAUGAUGAGAUCAAUGCCAUUCAUAUGGAUUACUACAGCAACACACUUGGUGAUCAAUACUGGCCUGCCAACAGAAAGUUGAUCGAUCGCAACUAUGAGGACAUCAUCCCGCCAUUCCCAAACACAACCAGGGAGCAGAUAUCAUUCACCAAAACACUUUCAAUCAAUAGUAUGAUUGGAUACUAUGGUACAUGGUCUGGAUACAAUAAGUAUAAGGAGAUGAAUAAUGGACAGGAUCCACUUCCAUCAUUGAAGCAGAGGUUGAUCGCUGCCCUUGGAGCAGGUGCCGAUGAGAACACCAUGAUCACACUUCGUUUCCCAGUCUACUUCAUCAUCUCCAAGUUCAAA